AUGGAAGUUGUUUUGACCUUUGACCCAGAUUACAAAGAUGUCAUCACUCCCCCCUACAUGAUCUACUUGAAAUCUGAUUACUUGCCUUGUGUUGGAGGCCUGAUCCACCCCCUUUGGGUGAUCACAGCUGCACACUGUAACUUACUGAAGCUUCAGUUAAUACUGGGGGUUACAAAACCAUCAAAUCUAAAAGAAGAAAAGCAUAUACAAGUGGUUGGUUAUGAGAAGAUGAUUCAUCAUCCACAAUUCUCCAUCACUUCUAUUGAGCAUAACUUCAUGUUAAUCAAGCUGCAAACCCAUAUAGAACUCAAUGACUAUGUGAAACUGGCCAGCCUGGCCAAAGAACCUGCCACUGAAGACACCAUGUGCACUGUCUCCACCUGGACCUACAAUGUGUGUGAUCUCUACAAGGACCCCGACUCACUGCAGAAUGUCAAUAUCUCUGUAAUCUCCGAGACUGAGUGGCGCGAAGCCUAUAAAACCUACAUCAGAGAUAGUAUGAUGUGCGUGGGCAUCGUGCCAGGAAGGAGGCUGCCCUGCAAGGAAGUCACAGCUGCCCCUGCCAUGUGUGAUGGGGUACUUCAAGGAAUCCUGACUUUUGGAGAUGGAUGUGUUUUGAGAGCCGAUGUUGGCAUCUAUACCAGAAUCAUUAACUACAUACCCUGGAUUGAAAAUACCAUCCGGAACAACUGAGCUCUCAUGAUGGGAAUUCUAGACCAUAUGACACCACCUGUCCCCAAGUCCAGCCUCAGAAUUAAA